AUGUCACACAACACCCCCGACAACCUCCUCAAGCUCGCCGCCGACCUCAACAAACUAGGCGGGGAACUCUGCGCCAUCGGCGGCAAGCUAGCCACAGCCGCCACAGCUCUCGAGCAAGAAGCCGCGAAUGUAGCUUUGGCCAAUGCGCAACGAUGGGGCGUCGAUGUACAGGUCGCUGUGAGAGCUGGGCCGCAUGGUCAAUGGGCUGGCCAAGGAAACGAGAUCAUGAUUAAUGGGAUUAAGAAGUAG